AACCGUUAACUGACAGUAACGGUAAACUUAACAGAAACGGUAACUCCCGGUGUUUUAUGUUUAAAUUAAAAGCUGUGUGGGAGAGGUGAAUGAUUUAUUUUUCUUCAGUCGAAGAGGAAACAAGUGACUGGUAACUUCCGCCUUCACCUGUGCGCGCUCCCGCGAGGGACGGGUGGGGCUCGGUAGUGCUUCUAACAGAGACACAGAAGAGGACCGAGAGAGAAGUUUUAAUCGUGGGUGUGAUGAAGGUGUGAAGGUUUCUGUGGUCAGAAGAAGCUGUGUUACAGGUUUCCCUCUCAGACCAGAGAAGAUGAAUGAUUUGGAGGAAGAGGAGGACAGAGCAGAGUCUCCAGGAUCCAUCUGUCUGUCUAUGAAGAGUGACUGGUCCAAAGGAGAACCUCCACUAUUCUUCAGUAAUGAACCUGGACCCUCAGACACAGAAGAGAAGAAGAGGAGGAGGAGUGGUGUUUGUGAGGAGGAGCAGCUGUCCUGCUGUUCUUUGUGUCAGGACGUCCUGAAGGAUCCAGUCUCUACCAGCUGUGGACACUGGUUCUGCAGACAGUGCAUCACCUCAUACUGGGACCAGUCUGGUUCAUCAGGAGACUCCUCCUGUCCCCAGUGUGGAAAAAGACCAAGACCAGGACCUGGACUGCAGACAGCCAGUCAGACCAGCACUGUACAAAAUAGUGGUCUGCAGGAGGUUUUAGAUGAACAUCAGAUCAGUCUGAGGAGGAGAUGUGAACAUGUGACUGAAGGAACUGAUGGAACAGGAAGUAGAACCCUCCUCAACAGGAUCUACACUGAGCUCUACAUCACAGAGGGACAGAGUGAAGAGGUUAAUACCCAACAUGAGAUGAGGCAGCUGGAGAAGAAGACCCUCCAUGCUCCAAUCAGGUGCCAGGACGUCUUUAAAGCCUUACCUGACCAACAGAGACACAUCAGAGUGGUUCUGACCAACGGUGUCGCUGGUGUUGGAAAAACCUUCUCAGUGCAGAAGUUCACUCUGGACUGGGCAGAGGGCUUGGAAAACCAAGAUGUCAGUCUGCUGGUUCUGCUUUCGUUCAGGGAGCUGAACCUGAUCAGAGAUGAGCAGUACAGUCUUCUCACGCUGCUCCAUGUUUUCCAUCCAACAUUACAGAAGGUCACAGCAGAGAAGCUGGCUGUCUGUAAAGUUCUGUUCAUCUUUGACGGCCUGGAUGAAAGCAGACUUUCACUGGAUUUCAACAACAGGAAGGUUGUGUCUGACGUCACACAGAAGUCAUCAGUCAACGAGCUGCUGACAAACCUCAUCCAGGGGAAUCUGCUUCCCUCGGCUCUGGUCUGGAUAACUUCCAGACCUGCAGCGGCCAAUCAAAUCCCUCCUUCAUGUGUUGACAGGGUAACAGAAGUACAAGGCUUCACUGACCCACAGAAGGAGGAGUACUUCAGGAGGAGAUCCAGUGAUGAAGAGCUGUCCAACAGAACCAUCUCACACAUCAAGACCUCCAGGAGCCUCCACAUCAUGUGUGGAGUCCCAGUCUUCUGCUGGAUCACUGCUACAGUUGUGGAGCACAUGUUGACUACAGAGCAGAGAGGAGAGCUGCCCAGGACCACGACUGACCUGUUCUCACACUUCCUGCUGGUUCAGACAAAGAGGAAGAAGAACAAGUACCAUGAGGGACAUGAGACGAGUCCACAGGAGCUGACGGAGGCUGACAGGGAAGUUCUUCUGAAGCUGGGGAGGCUGGCGUUUGAACAUCUGGAGAAAGGAAACAUCAUGUUCUACCAAGAAGACCUGGAGCAGUGUGGUCUUGAUGUGACAGAGGCCUUGGUGUACUCAGGAGUUUGUACAGAGAUCUUCAAAAGAGAGAGUGUGAUCUUCCAGAAAACAGUCUACUGCUUUGUUCAUCUGAGCGUUCAGGAGUUUCUGGCUGCAGUCUACAUCUUCCACUGUUAUGAGAAGAGGAAAAGACUGACAAAGAUACUGAAGGACUUCCUGGGAGAAGAUCAGAGUGAACCAUCCCUGGAUGUCUUCCUGAGGAGAGCCAUGGAGAAAUCCGUUGACAGUAAAAAUGGUCUGUUUGUUCGCUUCCUUCAUGGCCUCUCUCUGGAGUCCAACCAGAGGGUCUUAGGAGGUCUGCUGGGUCAGACAGAGAACAAUCCAGAAAUCAUCAGCAACCUGAAGAAGAAAGUCCUUCAGUAUCUUUGUGAUAAAGUCUCUCCUGACAGAAGCAUCAACAUCUUCCACUGUCUGAUGGAGAUGAACGACCACUCAGUUCAUCAGGAGAUCCAAGAGUUCCUGAAGUCAGAGAACAGAUCAGAGCAGAGACUCUCUGAGAUCCAGUGCUCAGCUCUGGCCUACAUGCUGCAGAUGUCAGAGGAGGUUCUGGAUGAGUUGGACCUGAAUAAGUACAAGACGUCAGAGGAGGGACGACGGAGACUGAUCCCAGCUGUGAGGAACUGCAAGAAGGCUCGAUUUACUGAUUGUGGACUCUCAGAGACUCACUGUGAAGUCGUGGCCUCAGCUCUGAAGUCCAACCCCUCCCAUCUGACUGAACUGGACCUGAGUGACAACAAAGACCUGAAGGAUUCAGGAGUGAAGCUGGUCUCUGCUGGACUGGAGAGUCCUCACUGUAGACUGGAGACUCUGAGGUUGAAGAACUGCUGGUUGUCAGAGAUCAGCUGUUCUUCUCUGGUCUCAGCUCUGAAGUCCAACCCCUCCCAUCUGAGAGACCUGGAUCUGAGUGAAAACUGGGACCUGCAGGAUUCAGGAGUAAAGGAGCUGUGUGGUUUUCUACAGAGUCCAGACUGUAGACUGGUGACUCUGAGGUUGAAGAACUGCAGUUUGUCAGAGAUCAGCUGUUCUUCUCUGGUCUCAGCUCUGAAGUCCAACCCCUCCCGUCUGAGAGAACUGGACCUGAGUGAGAACAGCCUGCAGGAUUCAGGAGUGAAGGAGCUGUGUGGUUUUCUGCAGAGUCCAUACUGUAGACUGGAGACUCUGAGGUUGAUGAACUGCAGUUUGUCAAAGAUCAGCUGUUCUUCUCUGGUCUCAGCUCUGAAGUACAACCCCUCCCGUCUGAGAGACCUGGACCUGAGUGAGAACAACCUGAAGGAUUCAGGAGUGAAGGAGCUGUGUGGUUUUCUACAGAGUCCAUACUGUAGACUGGAGACUCUGAGGUUGAGUCGCUGCAGGUUGUCAGAGAUCAGCUGUUCUUCUCUGGUCUCAGCUCUGAAGUCCAACCCCUCCCGUCUGAGAGAACUGGACCUGAGUAACAACAACCUGUAUGAUUCAGGAGUGAAGGAGCUGUUUGGUUUUCUGCAGAGUCCAGACUGUAGACUGGAGACUCUGAGGUUGAUGAACUGCAGUUUGUCAGAGAUCAGCUGUUCUUCUCUGGUCUCAGCUCUGAAGUCCAACCCCUCCCGUCUGAGAGAACUGGACCUGAGUAACAACUGGGACCUGAAGGAUUCAGGAGUGAAGGAGCUGUGUGGUUUUCUGCAGAGUCCAGACUGUAGACUGGAGACUCUGAGGUUGAAGGACUGCAGCUUGUCAGGGACCAGAUGUUCUUCUCUGGUCUCAGCUCUGAAGUCCAACCCCUCCCAUCUGAGAGAUCUGGACCUGAGUCACAACUGGUACCUGCGGGAUUCAGGAGUGAAGGAGCUGUGUGGUUUUCUGCAGAGUCCAGACUGUAGACUGGAGACUCUGAGGUUGAUGGACUGCGGUUUGUCAGAGAUCAGCUGUUCUUCUCUGGUCUCAGCUCUGAAGUCCAACCCCUCCCAUCUGAGAGAACUGGACCUGAGCAGAAACAAGCUGCAGGAUUCAGGAGUGAAGGAGCUGUGUGGUUUUCUGCAGAGUCCAUACUGUAGACUGGAGACUGUGAGGGUCAUUGGCAAGGAGUUUGAAUCUUCCAUAGACAAAACCUGUCACUCUGACGUCAAACUGGACCCAAACACAGCAGAUAAAAAGCUGGAUGCAUCUGAGGACGACACGAAGCUGAUGAUGAGUGUCGAGUUCUGCUCAAGGACUUCAAAUCCAAAGAAAAUCCAAGACCAGGAGAAGACAGAGGUCCAGAGACAUAAUGUCCCUCUGCCAGGUCCUGGUCCAGCAGGGACUCCUGGUGCUCCAGCUCAAAGUGAACAGCACACCAAGAUGAAGAUGAGGAACAUCCUGGAUGAUCUGGCAGAAAGCGAGUUCAAGAAUUUCAAGUGGUUCCUGAAAAACGGACCGAAGAAUAACGUUAAAGUGAGCCAGGUGGAGCAUGCAGAUAGGGGAGACACGGUGGAUCUGAUGGUGCAUAGAUACAAAUUAGCUGAAGCUGUGAGGGUGAUGGAGGAAGGUUUAAAAUACAUCAAAAGGAACGAUCUGGUGCAGGAAUGAUGAACCAACAGCUCCGGAGCAGAAGGUUCUGGUCCUGGUCCAUCAGGGAGCUGAAGUCUGUCACAGUUUAUCAGCAGAGUGCCUGAACCUGUUCUACAGAAGCUGCUGAAUAAACUCCUGGAGCGUGGGGUGAUAACUGAUGAUGAGAUGGAUUCAGCCGGAACAGGGAGCAGGGGCGACAAAGCUCAGCAGCAGACUCCACAUCAGUUUAAUGCUUCAGAACUUUCUCUUCACAUGUCAUAAAGAUCUGCUUUGACAGUCUAAAAUACUGAUGCUAAUAGAAACAAUGUAAGACUGUAUUCAUAAACAUACAUUUAGAGUUAUGGAGGAUAAAAACAAUAAAACUAAAAGAUUAGAGGAGUGAAAAUCUUACAUUAUAUAAAUCUGUUGUCACUUGUGAAGCAGGACGUUGUAGAAAACACUGAGUGAUGGAGAUAAUGAGAUAAUGAUGCAGUAACAGAUUCACUGCUGCUUUUAUUUUGUAGUCAGGGAGACAGUGCAGGGAUCACGCUUCAAGUCUGAACACGUCGAUCAAGGUGUUUCUGACAGUGUUGAUGCUUCAGCUUCUCAGAGGUCAGUGUUGAAUUGGUCAAGUCCUGUAGUUCCUGCUGUAGCAACUUUCUGCCACCAGGUGUCACCAUCUCCUCUGUUUCCUCCACACUGUUUUAACUGAGACGAUUCAGUGUUUGUCUGCAGCAACAUGGAAAUGAUUUCUGUCCAAACUGACUCUGUGUGACUGCAGUUCAGUGGAAAUGUUGUUUAAAAUAAUGAUAAUUGAAAGAACAAAACUCUGAUUUAAUACGUUUAUGAGCUGAAUCCAGAAAUAAAUAUCAGUGUUUCCAACAUGAAAAAGAAUCAGAGGACUAAAGAACAACAGGCUGAGAAAAUAUCUUCUCUCAUCACAUCAAACUUUUAAACUCAGGCUCUGAUUUCUUUUAUAAUCACUCAGGAUUAGAUUGAACCAUGAUGAUGAUGCAGUUCUAUCUGAAUUUAAAUUUUGUUAUUCUCUUUAUUUUCUGUUUUUAAAAACACUUUCCAUAAAACUUGACCGGUAAUCCGUAAUCCAAAAAUCUGUUGCUGAAAAUUAAAACUUUGAAUAUUUCUCUUU